GCCCUUCUGUAUUAUCUAGCUAACUGACACUGCAGAUCGAGAUGAGAGAGUGUUAAUUCCUGAAGCUGAGCCAGCACACCUACAGGAAAAUGUAGCUUCGAAGGGACUGAAAAACACUCAGCCCAUUCCUCUUGCACUACAGAAGAGAGUAUCUGCUGUUUUGUUGGCAUGCUUGUGACCUAACAAGCGCUCUGACGUUUGUUUGGGAUUCCUGGUGGCUGGCUUAAGCAUGGCGGAAAUCAGUGUACAAAGAUUGCUUCUUUUGCUUAUUUCUCUAGCAAAGUGUCUGGAGGGAACAAAGUUGCUGGCGCACCUUAAAAAGUGUGGGGACCCCGAAUGUGAAACAUUAAUCAGCAGAGCCUUAGCCCUGAGGGACUACACAGGACCUGACUGUCGAUACCUGAACUUCACUGAGGGGGAAGAGAUAUCUGUUUAUGUUAAGCUUGCAGGAGAAAGAGAAGACUUGUGGGCAGGAAGUAGAGGAAAAGAUUUUGGAUUUUUUCCCAGAGACGCAGUCACGAUCGAAGAGGUGUUCAUAUCUGAAGAAGUUGAAAUGCCAGCUAAAGAAUCUGACUUCCUUUGUCUUCUUGGAGAAGGGUACAUAUUUGGAAGCGAACACACUGAGUUAAACAGUGAUGAUGAUGAAGAGGAAGAAGAAAAUAUGUACCCAUAUGAAAAAGAUGAAGACCACAAAUACAGUAUACAUAAAGGUGAUUUCCAGCCAGGGCCUGACUUUUAUGCAGCAUCUGAAGGGACUUUGUUGGAAGAGCAAAUUUCAGCAGCAGACUCCCCUGAAGAUUUCAGAACUUUCAGUGAGUCAAAGGACUGGGAAGGGGCCAGAAUUGCAGGCAGUGGGGAGCAGGGCAGCACUCCAGCCACGGAACGUGCCUUACCAACCGUGAGCAUGUCUGAAAGGCAAGGAUGGUUUGGACUGGGGAGCGAAGAAGCUGAAGAGACCGUUGAACCAGGGACCGAGGCCGCACAAGAAAGCUCAUUUCAUGGGGGAAAACUAACAGUGAAAGAGGAGAAUGACCUGGAGAAAUUAAACAGUGGCGAGCCCCAGAUGGAACUCGAGCAAGAGCCAAAACCACAGUUUGAUUCAGAGGCGCCAGAUGUCAGCCCAAUGCUGGAGGAACAGCAUGGACUAACUUCUGAGUCCGAGCGUGUUCUCGACCCUCAAGCGACUGGCUGGUUUGGCGGUGGAUUCACAAGUUACUUAGGUUUCGGGAAGGAAGAUACAGGCCUCGAGUUAUUAUCCAAAGAAAACAAUUCGCCAUUACAAGAUGGUCCCAGUUCUGUUCCACCAGACGAAGAAGCCCCGGCUCCAUACAGAGAAGUAUCAACAGACAAGGAAGAUACAGUCAGUAAUGACAGCUCAACUCUCAGUCCAAGCUGGCUUUCCUUUGGUUUCGGUAUGCUAGGCUUAGCACAUGCUGAUGACGAAAUCACUUCGGACAACGGGAAAAGUGAUGCUGCUGGGGUAGAUGACCACAAACAUCCUAUAGCAAGUGACUUUGACCCUGGAAAGGAAGAAGAAAGCAAAACAGUAACAGCUGUGGAAACAGACGAUCAAACCGGUAAGGAAAGCGCCUUGGAGAAGACAGAUGAUUCUGAUUCUAUGCAGUAUCUGAAGAAGUUCUUUAAUAACCCUUGGAGCUUCCAGGGUCUCCCGGAGGAUACAGAACUGCCAUUUUCCAAAGAGAUGCUGGAGCCAGAGGAUAUAGUCGAAAAUGACAAAACUGAAAAACUUUCUGUUGGAAAUUCUCACGCAGAUAGCACGAAAGAUCCCAUGGUGUUGGAGAGCAGAUACAAUCCAUCUGAUAUGGCCUCUGAAAUCGAGUCACCUAUGAGAGUCCAUGAAGGAAUACAUCUCGCAACCUCAUUUUCUGAGAUGGAUGAGGAAGAUUCAAAAUCAUGGGCGGAUUCCGAAGGGCCUGCCGUGGCAGAAUCAGACAGGUCUGUGGAAGGGGCCUUGCUCAGUACUCAGCUGGCUUCUCCAGAAGCCACAGAACACGCUGCAGAGUUUCAGCUUCUCAAGUGUUUAUUUCAAAUCGACGUCCACGGUUUUAUGAACUCGGCUCUUUCGCCAGUCAAAAUUCUUAUAGAAAGUGUUGUGGCAGCACUGCCUGAAGAUAUGAGAGCAGACGUGAAUCCUGGAGGUUUUUCAUUGGAACUGGCAAUAUGUGUGUCUACCAUUGGCCUGCUGGCCAUGCUCUUGUUUCUCUGGAGAGGCUUCCGAUCAAUUCAAAGCCGAUUUUAUGUAGGAAGAGAAAAAAAACUCGCUCUUGAGCUUUCUGCACUAAUUGAAGAAAAAUGUAAACUACUUGAAAAAGUUAGCCUUGUUCAGAAGGAGUAUGAAGGCUUAGAGUCAUCUUUAAAGGAGGCCAGCUUUGAGAAGGAGUCAACAGAAGCACAGAGUUUGGAGUUUGUUGAAGGAUCACAAAUAUCAGAGGCAACCUACGAAAAUCUAGAAAGAUCCAAAUCUAAACUUGAAGAUGAAGUACUCCUCCUAGAGAAAGAGCUAGAAGAAGAGAGAGCUAAACGUUCUGAACAGGAUGAGUUGAUGGCUGAUAUUUCAAAAACGAUGCAGUCCCUAGAAGAUGAAUCAAAAUCUCUCAAAUCACAAGUAGCUGAAGCCAAAACAACCUUCAGAAUAUUCGAAAUCAAUGAAGAACGGCUUAAGGGAGCAAUAAAAGAUGCCUUGAAUGAAAACUCUCAACUUCAGGAAAGCCAGAAACAGCUUUUACAGAAAGCCGAAGUAAUGAAAGAGCAACUGAAUGAACUCGAUAAACAGAAAGUAACAUUUGAAGAAUCCAAAGUACAGGUGGAACAAGUUUUAAAUGAUAAGGAAAAUCAGAUCAAGUCUCUGAUCGAGAGCCUGCUAAAGAUGAAAGAUUGGGCUGCUGUGCUUGGAGAAGACAUAGCAGAUGAUGACAGUCUCGACUUGGAAGUGAAGAGUGACCUAGGAAGUAAUGCUCAUUUAGAUAAUCAGCCAAAGGGAGCUUUGAAGAAGCUGAUUUAUGCUGCUAAGUUAAAUGCAUCUUUAAAAACCUUAGAAGGAGAAAGAAACCAAAUUUAUACUCAGUUAUCUGAAGUGGAUAAAAUAAAAGAAGACCUUACAGAGCAUAUGAAAAGCCUUGAGUCUGAACAAGCAUCUUUACAGUCAGAAAACACAGAGUUUGAAAGGGAGAACCAGAAACUUCAGCAGAAACUGAAAGUACUGACUGAGCUGUAUCAAGAAAACGAAAUGAAACUUCACAGGAAAUUAACAGUAGAGGAAAAUUACCGAUUAGAGAAAGAGGAAAAACUUUCCAAAGUAGAUGAGAGGAUCGGCCACGUGACAGAAGAGCUGGAGACCUGCAGACAGCGCGCCAAGGAUCUGGAGGAAGAGCUGGAGAGGACAAUUCGUUCUUAUCAAGGGCAGGUUAUUUCUCAUGAAAAAAAGGCACAUGAUAAUUGGUUGGCAGCUCGGACUUUGGAAAGAAAUCUCAAUGAUUUAAGGAAAGAAAAUGCUCUCAACAGACAAAAAUUAACUGAAACAGAGUUUAAAUUUGAACUUUUAGAAAAAGAUCCUUAUGCACUUGAUGUUCCAAAUGCAGCAUUUGGCAGAGAGCAUUCCCCAUAUAGUCCCUCACUAUUGGGCCGACCUUCAUCUGAAACGAGAGCUUUUCUCUCUCCUCCAACUUUGUUGGAGGGUCCACUCAGACUCUCACCUUUGCUUCCAGGGGGAGGAGGAAGAGGCUCACGAGGUCCUGAGAAUGUUCUGGACCAUCAGAUGAACACUGAAAGAGGAGACUUGAACUAUGACAGGUUAUCGGAUGCUCCCAGAGCACCUUCCGACAGAUCCCUGUCACCUCCAUGGGAACAAGAUCGCAGGAUGACAGCCCCUCCACCAGGCCAACCAUAUUCUGAUCCAGCUCUACAAAGGCAAGAUAGAUUUUAUAUUAAUUCUGGCAGACUCUCUGGACCAGCAGAACUCAGAAGUUACAAUAUGCCAUCUUUGGAUAAAGUGGAUGGGCCAGUAUCAUCAGAAUUGGAAUCCAGUAGAAAUGAUACCAAAGAUAAUCUUGGUAAUUCAAAUGUGCCUGAUUCCCCUGUUCCUGCUGAGUGUGAAGCAGCAGGCCGUGGCUUUCUUCCUCCACCGUUUCCCCCAGGCAGAGACCCAUUGUUUCCAAUGGACCCAAGGAACCAGUUCAUGAGAAGGGCACCUCCUUUACUCCCACCUCCUCCAGGAAGCGUCUAUGCAGGUCCUCGAGAUUAUUUCCCACCAAGGGACUUCCCUGGCCCACCACCUCCUCCGUUCCCAGGGAGAAAUGUGUAUGCACCGAGGGGCUUCCCACCUUACCUUUCCCCAAGACCUGGCUUCUUCCCCCCGCCCACACAUCCUGAAAGUAGAAGUGAGCUCCCUCCAGACUUGAUUCCGCCUUCAAAAGAACCUGCAGCUGAACCUCCAGAAACACAGGAGACCUGACAGUGGCAUUUGGUCUUGUUGGCAGUCAUUUUCUUCUCAUUUUCAGUUUAAGUAACUGCUGUUACUUAUGUGAUUAUAUUUUUGCUCAAAUUGAAGCUUAAUGGAAUUAUAAUUCUCAGGAUAGUAUUUUGUAAAUAAAGAUGAUUUAAAUAUGAAUUAUGAGUAAAUUAUUUCCAUUUUAUUUUAUUCUAGAUAGUAUAGCUAUUUUACUUUGAUUACCUCAUCUAUAAUUACAGUAGUUUUAUAUAUGUAAUCUUAUAAUUGGGGAUAUCUUAAACUCAAAAGGCUGUGUCUUUAUACCAGGAAUGUACUCACCAUGGUUGUAGACAAAUGUAAAAGUAACUUUAUGUUUAAUCAAAUAAAAUUUUAAUUAACUUCAAGUCUUGUUUGACAUGGAUAAUAAAACCAGCCAGUUUCCCAUAAAUAUGGUUCCAUAAAUUGGCCUUUUCACUCAUAGUUCAGUGGUUGAAAAGCAAAACAUUUGGGGCUGGAGAGAUGGUGGCUUAGUGGUUAAGAGCGCUUCUUUCAGAGUUCUUGGGCUUGGUUCCCAGCAUCUACAUGGUGGGUCACAGCCCUCUGUAACUCCAGCUCCAGGGGAUCCGAUGGCCUCUUUUUGCUUCCAAAU